GCCGGCUCGGAGCCCACCUUGGGAACGGGGCGGGGCGCCCCGCUGGCGUCACCAGGACAACGGGCGUAGCCGCGGCGCCUUGUGACUCGGGGCUGUGGGCGCGCGGGCGGCUCUACGGCCAUGGUUUUCUCAAAUAAUGAUGAAGGCCUUAUUAACAAAAAGUUACCCAAAGAACUUCUCUUAAGAAUGCUGUUCAGCUUGUUGUUAAAUUUUACUUGGUCUAAUCCAGAAUGUACUAAGUAUGUACAUAGCAUUGGUCUGGAUUCUUUUUGUAAUGUGGCCUGGAACAUCUUAGCCCUGGAUGGAAGCAACUGGCAAAGAAUAGACCUUUUUAACUUUCAAACAGAUGUAGAGGGUCGAGUGGUGGAAAAUAUCUCAAAGCGAUGUGGUGGAUUCCUGAGGAAGCUCAGCUUGCGAGGCUGCAUUGGUGUUGGAGAUUCCUCCUUGAAGACCUUUGCACAGAACUGCCGAAACAUUGAACAUUUAAACCUCAAUGGGUGCACCAAAAUCACUGACAGCACGUGUUAUAGCCUUAGCAGAUUCUGUUCCAAGCUGAAACAUCUAGAUCUGACCUCCUGUGUGUCCAUUACAAACAGCUCCUUAAAGGGGAUCAGUGAGGGCUGCCGAAACCUGGAGUACCUGAAUCUCUCUUGGUGUGACCAAAUCACAAAGGAUGGCAUUGAGGCACUGGUGCGAGGUUGUCGAGGCCUAAAAGCUCUACUCCUAAGGGGCUGCACACAGUUAGAAGAUGAAGCUCUGAAACACAUUCAGAAUUACUGCCAUGAACUUGUGAGCCUCAACUUACAGUCCUGCUCACGCAUUACAGAUGAAGGUGUGGUGCAGAUAUGCAGGGGCUGCCAUCGGCUUCAGGCCCUCUGCCUUUCUGGCUGCAGUAACCUCACAGACGCCUCUCUCACAGCCCUGGCUUUGAACUGCCCGAGACUUCAGAUUUUGGAGGCUGCCCGAUGUUCCCAUUUGACUGAUGCAGGCUUUACACUUUUAGCUCGGAAUUGCCAUGACCUGGAGAAGAUGGAUCUUGAAGAAUGCAUCCUGAUAACCGACAGCACACUCAUCCAGCUCUCCGUUCACUGUCCUAAACUGCAAGCCUUGAGUCUGUCCCACUGUGAGCUCAUCACUGAUGAUGGGAUCCUGCACCUGAGCAACAGCACCUGCGGUCACGAGAGGCUGCGGGUACUGGAACUGGACAACUGUCUCCUCAUCACCGACGUGGCCCUGGAGCACCUGGAGAACUGCCGCGGCCUGGAGCGCCUGGAGCUGUACGACUGCCAGCAGGUUACCCGCGCAGGCAUCAAGCGCAUGCGGGCUCAGCUCCCUCACGUCAAAGUCCACGCCUAUUUUGCUCCUGUCACUCCUCCGACCGCAGUGGGAGGAAGUGGCCAGCGACUUUGUAGGUGCUGUGUCAUCCUCUGACGACAGCUGCCUGAGCCCAAGGCACAAUGAGCUGUUUCUUCCUCCAGAGAAGACCCAAGUCUUCCCCACCUGCUCCACCUUCACCCAAAUCUCUUGGUUCUCCACUGGGAAGGACAUUUACAGGUAAAAGACUUCAGUAGGGACUGCAGUAACUGGUGAUAGUUUUCACCUUUAGUCUACCACGAUGCAAUCAAAUCAAAGCCUUGUGUCUGUCAGCACAUGGCAAGAGUGGUCUCAGUGCCGCCUGGAACAUGCAAGAGACCUGAAUCUAAGAGGUGGGUGCCUUCUUAGGUACAGAAGUUCUGCUGUUGGCUUUGUCAGCAUUCCUCAAUAGACCAUCAGUGUUAGCACAAAUCGAGCAGAAAAAAUAAGCUGUUGAUUUUUUCUACCUGAUACUUAAGCCAGUGGCCUACUUUAAUUCACACUGAUUUCAUUUUGAUUAGCAGGACUUUUUCCACUUGAUGAAACAGCAAAACUUUCUCAGUGACCUGUACUGCAAAUUCGUGAUGCCUGAGAGUUUUUUUUAUGUAGACUUAGGUGGGAGGCAAGUUAGUAGAUUUCCAUGAGACACCAAAGAAAUGAUGACUCGGAACUGGGUGGAGCAGGGUCUCCACCUUUCUGUUUCUGUCAGCUUGUCAUCUACACUUUUGGGGACCAGAAACUAAACAAACACAACUCAGAGGCUGUGUUGCCUGACUGGAAAUAAGCUGUGGCAUGCGCUACAGCAGAGUGCAUUUUUGUUGUAGGAGAAAAGCUAAUCAUGUCAUCUCUCACAAAAUUUGGGGGACCUUAAGGAAAUAGAAUUAAGGUUUAAGUUAUCUAUAAUAUAUAUAAUCAAUUAAAAAUAAUGAAUGGAUGCAUGUAGAAUGGGUGUGAUUUUUUUCCAAGUUUAUUUUAAAAUCUUAGAAAUCAAGUUACACCAGAACUAUUCAAAAAUUGUACACACUUAAAACUCAGAUCAGUAAAGUGUUGGCACCUUUUAGACUCAUAAAAAUGAAUAAACCAUUGCAAUGCUUAAGUCAGAGGGUUUUAUUGCUAGAAUCUUAAUGGCAGACAAAUCUGAGCAAAACCAUUUUCCAAAUUCAGACCUUUUAGUAUUAUCUAAAAUCGGAUAAGCUCUGGUUUCCAUUCUGUGCUGUUCACAUGUGUAGUAUUUAUUAAGAUUAGGAACCCAUCACCACUCUCACAUUGUGAACUUCAGUGUUCAUGGCAGCUGACCCUUCCUAACAACCAGCACAGAGCUCACGGGGAGCUGGAGUGGAACAAGCCGAGACGGUUAUUUUCCCACAACUGGCAGGGCUUCCUUUACACAGGCCGUUUAGGAGCAUUCAGGUUACAAUGGAAGAGAAGGCAGGUGCACACACGACCCCUUAAGUUAAUUUAACAAGACUAUCAGAAUGAGCAUCCAGGCCCUGAUGGAGUCAGGGCCAGACGAUGUCCUCUAGUAUUGCCCGGUCUAGCAUGUGUGCUUUUAUACCACAGCGACAAUUUUGAUAUACGUUUACACCACUCUGCGUGGGGGCGUGACUGAUGUAGGAAGCUAUUUAAAUAAAAAGCAUAAAACACACACUUGCUUCAGUAAAUUAUAGUCUCUCUUAAAAAUUUCUAUGACCAGGGCUUUCUAUACCAUCUCUUUUGAGCCAGGACACAACCAAAUCAGAGUUACUGGACUCACUCCUCAAUGACCUUUGACUUCAUUAGAAGAAGGGAACAGCACAGAUGAGGUUUCUCAAAUGAGAAAAGCAAGGCGGCUUCCUCUGUAGGCAUGGAAUAGUUCAUGGAAUAAUCUGUCCUCAGCUCCAUCAUCAGCUUUGAGAAAACAAACCGAAAAGAAUGCAACAUAUAGGCCUCACCUCUUAAAACAUGUAGACUUGGGUGUGCUCAGCACACAUGCAUGGAACCCCCUCGAUUCUAGGGCUUGAGGUGACACCGUCAGGAACUGGGAUUUUAAAUGAGACACGAGUUUGCAAAACAAUCGGAAAACAUUUAUUAUACUGAAAUGUAUACAUCCUACUAUUAAAAAAAAUAGCAAAUUUGCUGGUGCCAUAAUUUAACCUGCUUUGCUGGGACAGACUAAUGUUCAAUGCUGCUUGGUAUAUAAUUUCAAGUUCAAUGAGCUUUUAAGUGUUCUUGACCCGACUUCUAAAACCUGAUGAGGAAUUCAAAAUAGCACACAGCCUUAAAUGACAUUUAUUGUUCCAUAUAUGUUGAGACUCAAAAAGGAAUGCUAAACAGACAAGCAAAACUCUAAAACAAGAGAUAUGCUCACUUCUUUUCCAAAUGAUUGGUACAGAAGAGGUGUUCAUAUGAAAGCAAAGGGAGAUGGCAGAAAGAAAAGUUCCCCCGCUUCAGGGUCUACAGAAUUACAGAUCUUUUCAGACUGAAGAUGAAAAUGUAUGAGACCAGGCUCCUCUGUAUCCAAUAACCCCCUCUACAAAUAAAACACAAAAUGUCAAAGCUUUU